AUGCCAUUUGAUGCUGGGAAACCAAGGACACCGGGAGGAAACAAGCAGGGAACACGCGCGUACUUCUCGGUGCGGGGCGCGCGCGUGCGGCGCGGAGCAGGCGCCAGGGACACACACCCGGGCGGAAAGGGGACCCGGGCAGAGGGAGCCCGCGGCGGGGGCGCGGCGACGAGCCGCGGUGCAGACCGCGCGGGGCGGGCGGGGCCGCGGGAGCCCGGAGGCUCGAGCAGGAGGAGGGAGGGGUCCCGGCCGCUGCCCAGACCUCGCGGCCGCCGAGGAAAGUUGAUACUUACUCAGCUUCGCAACUGCGCCGCCCCCACAGGCCGCCCGGCGGGCCGGCCGGGGCGCUGGGGACACGGCGGCGCCCGGAGCCCGGCGGCCGCGCCGCCCUCCCCGCGCCGGCGGGAGGCCCGGGCUUCCCGGGCGCCCUCGCCGCUCGCCUCCGGGCCGGCGCUGGGUGAGCGCGGGCGCCCUGGCGGGAGCCGCGGGCUACGAGCGCGCGCAGAGGCUGCGGCGCCGGCAGGAGCCGCCCCCAGCGCCGCCGCGGGCGGGCGAACGAGGCUCGGCGCGGAGCGCGGCGUCUGCGGCCGGCUGCCUCCCGCGGCCGCUGCCUCUGGGCUGGAGGCCGGGCUGGGGGCCGGGCCGGGCCGGGCCGGCGGCCGGGCGGCUCCGCCCCUUCGCCGGCCCGCGGGCAGCGCGCGCGAGAGGAGCGGCGCGGGGGCGCCCCCCUCGGCCGGGCGCUCGGGUUACAGGCGCGGCCGCCCGGCUCCCCCGCCAGCGUCCCGCCGCUUCACCGGCGCCGGCGGAGCCCUUGUAACGGAACCGGGACGCCGGCGCUGCAUUGUGGGAGCUGUGCAGGCGGCGGGGAGCGCGGCGCGGCCGCUCCGGCUCCCCUUCCAAUCCCCCCCGGCCCAGCUCGCCGCGACCCCCGAGGCCUGCGGAGCGGGCGGCCGGAAAUCGGGAGGCGACCGGGGCCCCGCGCUCCCGAGAGCAAAAUUUUCCUUAGCCCGGGGUGAGACCUGCAAAACUGCCCUCUGCGGCCACCCCGGAAAGCGGAGGCUUUUUCCGCAGACGCUGUAAAAAAAAAAAAAAAAAAAAAAAAGCCUCUCCAUCCCCCAAGGACUGGGUUUGAAUUGCUUUUCAUCCGGAGUGGCAGUGAUUCAGCGACAGUGACAGAGACAGGAGACGAAAACCACAGCGAGUGAAUCAGACGUCACAGAUCAAGACCAUGCUUCUAAAGAUCUAUUAACCCAGCACUCACUCAGCAUCAAAAACACAGGCUCAAGAUUCUGAAUGUGUUUUAAUUUUUGUAAAUUUUGUAACAUCUUUAAAUCUUACUUGAACAAUAAGAAUUUUUCUUCAUACGUCUUUUGAUCCAUUCUUGUGAGCAAUGAUAUAAAAUAAAUUCUCACUUCACUAAAUUAUCCAGGGUUUCAGCACACUUAAAAUAAGUCUUUUCCAACACAGAAUAAAGUAAGAGAUACCCUCUGGCCCUGGGUAGAGAAAUGAGAACCAAUGAAAUUUUAUAACUUUCUUGUCUUAUAUCUAUGGUAAGGAUAUAUAGAGUAUCUUCUUAGUUCCAUCUUCUAGUGAGGCCCUGGGCUUGGGAGUGGAGGAAGACCCAUGUGAUGUAUCUUUGAACUCACUAGAUAGAGAUUUCAUCUGUACUCUGAACAAAUUUAUGUUAAUAUCCCUAAGUUCAAAUGGUUGAGACAUGCAGUUGGCAAAAGGGAAGAGUGAUGUUUGCAAUAUCUAGAUAAGAGAAACCAGAAUACCAUGGGCCUCUUAACAAUAAGACAAAAUUGAGUCAUUCUUUAAUCUUCAUUCUUGAUAAUUUUGAAGUUUCACAAUCCUCUUCUUUGGUUUCACGAAGAUGGGGAUCUUAAUCUGUGAUCUGGAGUAUCCCAAAAUUAUAAUUUGAAAUACUUUUUAAGAACCCAAAGAUUAAUAAUAAUAGCUGUGCUACAAUGGAAAAUGCUUACAUUAUAAUGUUGAAUUAAAAUAAAAGGAUAGCUGAUCAUUUGCUAUCAACUGCAAA